CUGCCUGCAUCAUCUGCACACAGUCAAACCCCUUCAGUUCCUGGCGAGUGUUGCUAGCGAUAAGCAGCAAUCAUGAGCGAAUGGAACAAUCCUUCUACUUCUAACAACUUAGAAAAUCCUAAUUUAUCUACUUUUAAUACCGAGGGAGAAAAUUCCCAAAAUCUUCCUGCGGACAACCCGCCUGCAGAUAGAAGUUAUUCUAUUAUCGAUCCAAUAUGGGAAACUUUAGAUCCGAAUCCAGACCCACAGAUCUUAUAUAAUCAAUUCAACAAGAUCAUUUUUGGAGGCACUUUGCCUACGGUUGAUGUCAAAUGGAGCAACAGGAUGACUCGAUCAACUGGUGUGUGUUAUCAUUCACUGAAUAAGAGUGGGGAUUGCAUAGGAUGUCGAAUACGCCUAAGCAAGAAGAUUUUAGAAUUGCGUCGAAGAAAGGACAUGGUGGAAUCCCUCCUUCACGAGAUGAUCCAUGUCUUACUGUGUUCCACAAAUAAUAUGGAUCCAGGUGAUGAUCAUGGGCCAAAUUUCCGACUUACUAUGGAGGUCUUUAAUAAUUCAUUUGGCACUAAUAUAACGAUUUCCCAUACAUUUUACGAAGAAGUCGAAGCAGUAAAGAGGCAUUGGUGGGAAUGCGAUGGGCCCUGCCAAAAUGUAGUUAAAAGGGCAACUAACAGAGCCCCUUCCUCCAAGGAACGCUGGUUCCGAGAGCAUGAGCAGACAUGUGGAGGAAGUUUCAUAAAGACCUCUGAGCCUGAGGGUCCGGCACGAAAGCGGAGAAGAACCUAGACUGUAUUAUCCCUAUGGGAAUGCUAAGUCAUACUGAAUAGCCGAUAGGAGGUUUAGAGCCUGGCCUCAUUCAAAUGGACUUCCCUCCUACACGAGAUGAUCCAUGUCUUACUGUGUUCCACAAAUAAUAUGGAUCCAGGUGAUGAUCAUGGGCCAAAUUUCCGACUUACUAUGGAGGUCUUUAAUAAUUCAUUUGGCACUAAUAUAACGAUUUCCCAUACAUUUUACGAAGAAGUCGAAGCAAUAAAGAGGCAUUGGUGGGAAUGCGAUGGGCCCUGCCAAAAUGUAGUUAAAAGGGCAACUAACAGAGCCCCUUCCUCCAAGGAACGCUGGUUCCGAGAGCAUGAGCAGACAUGUGGAGGAAGUUUCAUAAAGACCUCUGAGCCUGAGGGUCCGGCACGAAAGCGGAGAAGAACCUAGACUGUAUUAUCCCUAUGGGAAUGCUAAGUCAUACUGAAUAGCCGAGGUUUAGAGCCUGGCCUCAUUCAAAUGGACUGUCCGUUUUAUCAGCUGUAUAUGGUUGGGUCACCAGAGCUUUACUGCUAUUCUCCAAAAAGAGACCCAGCAUGGACAACAUUUUUCCAACCUUCCAAGUAAUGGGUUUUUUAAUCUGGACACAUUUUUUUCCCAUUGUAUUAAAAUUUACAGCUGCACUGUAUUAUCUAUUACUAUGAUCCUUUAUUUAUAUAGCACUGAAAUAUUCAGCAGGGCUUUACAGAGAUGACACAUGAUUUCCAUCAGUCCCUGCCCCAGUGAGCUUACAAUCUAAGGUCCCUAUCACAUUCCCAUCAGUCCCUGCU